AUGUUUUUGAAGGUGGGCAGAGGAAAAAAAGUCCCCCCAGUGAGGGUCUAUGGGUCUGAUUGUGUAGUUCUGAUGGAGACCCCCUUGAGCAAGAGGAACCCGCCAGCGCUGAGAUUAGCGGAUUUGGCAACGGCUCAGGCCAGGCCGCUUCAGAAUAUGACAGGCUUCCCGGCGCUGGCCAGCCCGCCCUCCCACUCCCAACUCCGCGCCACAGCCACGCACCUCCGCCCUCGGGACCUGAGCGCUGACCCCGGCGUGGCCAUCACUCCGCUCGGACCGGAGCACAUGGCUCAAGCGAGCGCGGUCGGCCUCAGCCCUCCCUCCCAGGCGCUCCCGGCACAGCCCGAGGCGCCGGCUGCCGCCGCCCGCGCUGCAGCCUCGGUCGCGCACCCCGGCGCCUGCACCUACCCCGGUAGCGGGGGCAGCAGCCGCGCGCAGCCCUCCGCGCCCCCGCCCCCAGCCCCUCCUCUUCCUCCCUCCCCUUCACCUCCUCCUCCUCCCCCUCCCCCUCCUCCUGCCCUCUCGGGCUACACCACCACCGACAGUGGCGGCGGCGGCAGCAGCGGCAAAGGCCACAGCAGGGACUUCGUCCUCCGGAGGGACCUUUCCGCCACGGCCCCCGCGGCGGCCAUGCACGGGGUCCCGCUUGGAGGGGAGCAGCGGUCUGGCACGGGCUCCCCCCAGCACUCGGCCCCGCCUCCCCACUCGGCCGGCAUGUUCAUCUCGGCCAGCGGCACCUACGCGGGCCCGGACGGCAGCGGCGGCGGGGGCCCGGCGCUCUUCCCUGCGCUGCACGACGCUCCGGGAGCCCCCGGCGGCCACCCGCACCCGCUCAACGGCCAGAUGCGCCUGGGGCUGGCGGCGGCAGCGGCAGCCGCCGCGGCUGAGCUGUACGGCCGCACCGAGCCGCCCUUCGCGCCGCGCUCGGGGGAUGCGCACUACGGGGCGGUGGCGGCUGCUGCAGCCGCCGCCCUGCACGGCUACGGAGCCGUGAACUUAAACCUGAACCUGGCGGCCGCGGCUGCGGCCGCGGCGGCCGGGCCGGGGCCCCACCUGCAGCACCACGCGCCGCCCCCGGCGCCGCCGCCGCCGCCGGCGCCCGCGCAGCACCCGCACCACCCCCACCUCCCAGGGGCGGCCGGGGCCUUCCUGCGCUACAUGCGGCAGCCAAUCAAGCAGGAGCUCAUCUGCAAGUGGAUCGACCCCGACGAGCUGGCCGGGCCGCCGCCGCCGCCGCCGCCGCCACCGCCCCCGGCCGGCGGCGCCAAGCCCUGCUCCAAAACUUUCGGCACCAUGCACGAGCUGGUGAACCACGUCACGGUGGAGCACGUGGGCGGCCCCGAGCAGAGCAACCACGUCUGCUUCUGGGAGGACUGUCCGCGCGAGGGCAAGCCGUUCAAGGCCAAAUACAAGCUCAUCAACCACAUCCGCGUGCACACGGGCGAGAAGCCCUUUCCCUGCCCGUUCCCGGGCUGCGGCAAGGUCUUCGCGCGCUCCGAGAACCUCAAGAUCCACAAGCGCACUCAUACAGGGGAAAAGCCUUUCAAAUGUGAAUUUGAUGGCUGUGACAGGAAAUUUGCCAAUAGCAGUGAUCGGAAGAAACAUUCCCACGUCCACACCAGCGACAAGCCCUAUUACUGCAAGAUCCGAGGCUGUGACAAGUCCUACACUCACCCCAGCUCUCUGAGGAAGCACAUGAAGAUUCACUGCAAGUCCCCACCACCUUCUCCAGGAGCCCUUGGUUACUCAUCAGUGGGGACUCCAGUGGGUGCCCCCUUGUCCCCUGUGCUGGACCCAACCAGGAGUCGCUCUAGCACUCUGUCCCCUCAGGUGACCAACCUCAAUGAGUGGUAUGUUUGCCAGGCCAGUGGAGCACCCAGCCACCUUCACACACCUUCCAGCAACGGAAGUACUUCGGAGUCUGAAGAUGAGGAGAUGUAUGGGAACUCGGAAGUUGCGCGGACGAUACAUUAG